AUGUCUGGUAACGAAGAGGCUUCUGCUGGUGGGGCACAAAGUGAGGGCCGAGCCGUCCCGUGGCUGUUGACAAGGCGCGUGCUCCUGUCUCCAAUCCAGCUGGGUGCAGUUCAGCUACAGCGUUACCAACCUCGGGCCUUUCCUUCCACCGUAUCUCCGUUUGACGAGUACGAGGACGAGACUCACGAAGAAGAUUGCUAUACACGCAGUCCAGCUCGUAGUGCUGACAUGGACAUAUACUCGCCCGGUGGUUCCGGCGGCGACAUCAGCACAAGCUCGGAAGUCGACGACGAAAUGGACUUUUACGAGCUUGACUCGUCUCACCCGCCAGUCACGGCCGACGCACCACAGACACUCGCCUCGACUAGGAUGGGUAAUGCUUUGGGCACAACAGAUAGAGCCGAUGGCUCCAACACUCCUUCCGGCAAUACUCCCGUCAAGGUCAACACGGCCAAGCUUCAUGAACUGCGCGCAAAACUGCUUGCCAAUCGUCAGGCCACUCCUGUCAAGAGCACUUCAGACCCUGCCAACAACAUCAAUCAUGUAGCCGUCAAAACAGAGUUGCAGUCCCGACCCCAGAAACCAGCCCUCACUCCCAAAUCUGCUGCAACCAAGAACAAGGCCGAUCUACAGGCAUCCACGUCCAAACCCAACAGAACAACCGCUGCCUCAAUGCUCAGCCAUUCAAGAUCAGUCGACGCUCUCCUAGCUGAGGGUCAUGCAACUGCCAACAUGUCGCAAUCUGACAUCAACAUCCAACAGAAGACUGCCCAAAAGAAACAGCCCAAUACAACAGACUCUACAAGCAAGCCAUCUGCAGCCAAGAAUACUGCGCCACCCAAGCUAGCUCACUUGUCUACUGCCCUGAACACACUUUUCAAUACUGCUGAACAGACCAUCGCAAACAGCGACAAGUCUUCGUCGACUGCAAAGUCGCCAGACAUUCCUAGCGAACAGGAAAACAAGAAUAACAGUCUGGCCAAGCAGAAGUCCAAUCCCGCUUCCCCUGUGCCCGAACAGAUAUUACCCAAUGACAAGAGUCUUGAUACGAUCACUAACCCGCAUGCCACCAAACCCAAGCCUCUGCAUCCUUUGUCCAGUGGACCCCUGCACAAGCACAAUCUCAGCCUGACAACAAAGCCCACCAAGGAAACAGAGGAUGAGUAUUUCAAGGACGUUGAUUUGUGGCUUUCCAUCACUGGAUUCCACGACACGGCUUUCCGCGAGCAAAAGCUCAAGACACACAAGAUGCGUGCUGCACUUGAAGAAAAGAAACGUGCUCUGGAACGUGAAUUUGCCGAACUUGAGCGUCAAGAGGCUGCCGCGGCUAACGACCCUAGCACCAAGGACUACAUGCGUUCUGUCUCGGCUGCUUACAUGCCACCUCCAGCUCUCCCUGUCCAGACUUCGACUGACGAGCGGUCCGCUCCUUUGACCAAGGCCAGUCCUGUGCCUUCUCAGCCUGCUCCCGCUGGCACCAAACGCCCUCGCUCGCCAUCUGUGCCCUUGAACAAUAACCGUGAGAAACUGACCCGUCUUCACACUUCUGGUCGUGCUGUGCGUAGAGAUGAUUUGUUCGACAAGCCUUCAUCCGCCAGUACUUCCAGACGUGGCUCCGACCAGAGAUCGCACUAUACCAACGACAGACCUGAGUAUCAUCAACGCGCUGCUUUCGAUGCCUCUCCUACCCGCCAGUCUAUCUCUGUUCAUGGUCAGGCUUUCCGUCCUAGUGACAGUCCCUUCGGUCGUCGUGAGUCAUGGACUCCCAGAUCUCCUGAACAAUGGUCCGCGCGCCCUCAUGGAUGGAACCCUGCGUCUUUCUCAGAUGUCAACGAGCAGCCCAUUGGCCAAGGUGGCCACUCGAGCAACAAAUGUGGGUACAAGCCUUCCGACCCCAGAAACAGAUACAACAGAUGA